UGCAAAUAAAGGGGCUGACGGCAGCUCCGCGGUGCCAUCCCAGUUGGACUUCGGGGCCCUAGUAAACAACGCUCAUUCCGCUUCGACGCCAUAGCGGGCGCCGUCGAGCCCUGCCGUCACUGGAGCCCCGCUGACCUUUCCAACUGCGCGCCCUGAAGAAAUGGCCCAGCGGCUCCUGUGCGCGCCUCUCCUCAGCCGAGGCCUCCGGAGUCCGAGAGCAGCCGCGGGGACCCCCGCCGUCGUUAUGCAGGCGAGCUCGGCCAGCUCGAGUGCCGGAGAGCCGCCCGGAGAAGGUUAGUAGUUCUCCGGUUUUGGCGAGCGAAGACGAAGAGCCCUUUGGAAAGCACGGGGGCGCGCGUAACUUUUUCGUUUCGGCGCAAAAGCGAGCCUCCUCGGCGCCGUGGUGGGCCGGGCUAGGUUUUUUAUUCUGCAGCCGCGCGGCGACGCCUGCAGGUCAAGCUCCAGCGCUGCAGAAAGGAAAGGAAAAUGCGCCAAGCAGAAAUUCAGCAGGUCGAGUCCCCCAAUCCCCACCCCCCAUCAGCUGCUGGCUUGGCAGAAGUUCUUCUGAUUUUCGACUUGUAUGCAGCACAAGGCUGUGGUUUUUAAAUGCAUCUAUUUAUUUGAAUAUAUAUACACACACCCCUUAACCUUACAGUCACUGUUGGUGUACAGAAACAAAGCAAAUUAAACUUAAUGGAAACUGGAACAGAUUAAAAUUCCAACAAGAGAAGAAAGCAACAUCAGAAAUACGAGCAGUGCAAGAUGGGAACACUCAUCAAAGUCGUUGUUGUUGCAUAUUUGUUUAUACCCCAUCUUUUUCUCUGACGGAGACUCCAGGUGGCUUGCUGAUAAAAUAACUGCUGCAAACAUCAGGGGAACCACUCAUUAAAAACAAUUAAACAUUAAUAGGAUUAAAACUAUCUAGCUACCUAGUUAUAGGAUCAAUUAAAAGUAAAUUCAUCCACCCGCCACCUAAGGAUGUGCAAUGUUUGUUGUUGUCCGAAAUAAUGGUGUCAAGUAGUAGGAUGGACCUCAGUGGGCAGGGAGCUCCAUGGGUGUGGAGCCACCACAGAAAUGGCCCUUCCCUGUGCCCCAUGUGUUGGAUCUCCUCCAACACAGGGACGAUUAGGAGUGCCUCAUUUGCUGACCUCAGUUCGAUAUGGGAAAUGGUGCUCUUUCAAGUGCUUGGAAUUAGGUGCAGUACUGCCAGGAAAAAAGAUGGCACCCUUUAUCACUGUCAUGAAUAACUAAGGACACAAUCCUAGCCCUAGAUUGGCAGAGAUGAGGGAAUUAGGAUGUGGCAGACCUCCUGUUCAGCUAAGAGGUUCCCAUGCUCAGGCCAUGUAGUGAGUUUGUGGCUCUUUGGGGAUCUGAACCAAGGAGCCUUCUGGUAUGAAAAUCCACAUUAGGGUUAGAAUGUUAAGUUUGGACCCUUGCCCAGCUAUAAAGCUCAUUGGGUGACCAAAGAUUUUUGCCCGUAACCUUGAGGCCUAGAAGCAUGAAAUGUGAAAGCCAACAUUCUCAUGGCUUCAUCAAAAAUUGGGUCACUUUCCCCUUCCUUUUUAAAAAUAUGAAACGAGGUAAACUAGACUAGGUAUAGACAUCCUAGAGCUGACUGUGCCUCCUUGCAGACUGUAUAGGCAGUCCAAUAAAAGAUGGCGCACAUUGCCAAUACAUGGUGGAUGUAAUUUCACAGGAUGCAAAGUGGCUUUAAUUGUGCUUUGAUUAAGCAUGCUCUCGUGGGCAGUGAGAAGGAACUUGUUCAGAGACUGAAGUCCUUCACGUUUGAGUAGGCCGAGUAAACAGCUGUGAUACACAUAGACUUUGAUCCAUCAAGCCACCUUGUGCCAACAUUUAAAUGAAAGGCAUUUCAGGAGUAACUAAGCAUUACUAAAGACCCUUCAUACUGUAGCCUCCUAGUUUUUGAAAAAAUAUUUUAUUUUCUGGUGGUCUUUCUUACCAAUUCAUGUGGUAGUAGUACCUAUUGCACAUGCUGAGACCAAUUAUAAGCUGGCUCGUGAGUGUUAUGUUAUUUAUGCGGCUGAACAUCAGCAGAGAAAUAUGCCAUUAAAAACUUGCUUACCCUGGCUGUUUAAAACAAGACAAUGAAAUGAAUUUAGUUAUGCAACUUGCAGUGUUACAAAUUAUGUUUGUAGGCAUGAAAAUAACAACUGGUUUUAAAAUACUCAUCACAUGACUUAAUUCUCUUUGUUCUUUAAAGGAGAAAGAAGUGUCUCAUAAUUAGGGUUGCCAUAUUUCAAAAAGUAAAAUUCCUGACACCCGCAAAGUUGUUGAGGUUUCUGGGGGGAAACCAUCCCGCAAAAUAGUGGUUUUAAGCUUUUGGAGCUGUUUCUGUUGCUUUUUUCAUCGUGUUGCCAUACAUCUGGGUUUUCCCUGACAUUAUUUUGCUGAUUCUGCAAAAUUCCCCUCUGACACCAUUUCUAUACUCGAAAACCAGGACAUAUUGGGAAUUUUCCUGACAUAUGGCAAGUCUACUCAUAAUUAGCUAAGGUCAGUAAUGUAAGAGCAAGUUCUGUCUUCCUUAGGGUUACUGAUAUUGGGAGAUGACUCAUUAAAAAACUGAACAUCUAUUUUCCAUUUUAAUAAUUUAUAAUAACUCCAAUGUUAGUUAAUUUGUAUUGUGGAUAUUUCAGUAAAAACAAGGGGUUGUAGUACAUGCAUUCAAAGCAGGCCUAGCUCAGGGAGAACUUUCCACCUGAGUUCUUGGAUUCUCCUGAGAGUUGGGGAGGGACUUUGGGGAAGGUGUGGGACAGGGGAAUGGAAAAUAUGAGUUAAUUGCCUCUAGCUAAUUUCCCCGAAUUUUCUCCCCAAGGGGAGGAAGCAACAAAGAAUUUGUUAUUUGCAUAAGUAGCACUGUGGGUUAAACCACAGAGACUAGGACUUGCUGAUCAGAAGGUCCCCGGUUUGAAUCCCCGUGACGGGGUGAGCUCCCGUUGCUCGGUCCCUGCUCCUGCCCACCUAGCAGUUCGAAAGCAUGUCAAAGUGCAAGUAGAUAAAUAGGUACCACUCCGGCGGGAAGGUAAACGGCGUUUCCAUGCGCUGCUCUGGUUUGCCAGAAGCGGCUUAGUCAUGCUGGCCACAUGACCCGGAAGCUGUACGCCGGCUCCCUCGGCCAGUAAAGCGAGAUGAGCGCCGCAAUCCCAGAGUCAGCUACGACUGGACCUAAUGGUCAAGGGUCUCUUUACCUUUACUAUACUUUGGAUGGAAACCAGCUUUUGAAUGUUAUGAAACACUUGUUUGGAGAGCCAUUGCCCAAGAUUUGUAAUCAUGGAAUCAUAGAAUGAUAGAAUUGUAGAGUUGGAAGGGACCCCAAGGAUCAUCUAGUCUAACCCCCUGUAAUGCAGGAAUCUCUGCUAAAGCACCCAUGACAGAUGGCCAUCCAGCUUCUGCUUAAAAGCCUCCAAGGAAGGAGAGUUCACAGCCUCCUGAGGGAGACCGUUCCACUGUUGAACAGCUCUUACAAUGGAGAACCAUUGUGGUCCAUUAGACAGAGAUUUCUAUCUGGAGUACUAAAUUAAAAUAACUCCACUGCCUCAUGUACUGGAAACGAAAUGCAUGGCUUAUUUGAGCUGUUUCUGGUCCUUUGUUGAUUUAAAGUGGAAUUUGUGCUCCCCCCACCCUUGUUUGUGAGAUGCUCAGGCUGUUCAUGUUGGAAGCAUGCACAUCUUGCUGCAGGGGGCAUGCACCCAAGUUCCGUUUUGGACAUCAAAAAGAGGUGUGAAAGUGAGACCGGUUGCUUUGCCUUCAGUGUAAUUAAGGCAACAUUGCUCAGCUCCCAAAAUUUUGGAGUUCGUGGGCUGAAAAAAAAAGAUUCAUAGCAUGAAAAGUGAGGAAUUUGGAAUCUGGGGGCUAAUAGUUUGGGUCGAGAACAAAGUUUUAAAAUUAUUCCUCUAAAACAUUUUUCAACCUAAGACAUUCUUUCUCAGUUCAGUUAUUUCUUGCUGUGCUUCAGCCCAUUUUUAAAAUAAAAAAAUCCAGCUGUUCAUUAUUAUUAAUUUCCAGGAAAUGCCCAGUGUCUUAAUUUUAUUCUUUGUAUCCAACCCUGAUGAUGAACUGCCUCACACACUGUCUCUGGCUAUUGUCUUUUUUUAAGGGAGUGGACAGGGAACGACAAGCCGCAAACAGAUUGAAUCCAGCCCAUAGUGUUAGUUGUGUUCAUGAUGACAUUGUAAACGUGAUACAGUAUUAGCUUUACCUAGUAACUGUUUCACGUGUCAACCCCUUCAGCCAGUCUUCCAAAAUGUAGUUUACUAUAUUAAUGGGUGACUCUAAAAAGCAAAAGAAAGAAUUAAUAGCCACACACCAGGGUUUCUAUUUGACCUGUUCUGUUUUCUCAGGAAGAAGGAAUGUAAUUACUGAAAUCCGAGGGACCAUAAUGACAAUUGGAAUCAACAGGCCGGAAGCCAGGAAUGCUGUGAACCAGGAGACUGCAGGAUUGCUGGUGGAGGCUUUCAGAUCGUUUGAAGAGAACGGCACGUUGACUGUGGCUGUGCUUCAUGGGUUGGGUGAGGCCUUUAUACUGUAUUCCUGGGCCAUUCCUGAGCCUAUGCAAUGGCCAUUCAGGGCCAUUGGCAAUGCAAGAGAACUGUCCUUUCCCCCUGCCCAGAAACUGGGUGUAACCGGGUGUGAGGUGACAGGUAAAGAGUGUCUUUAGCAAGGUGUGCUUGGUAGGGGGAGAACAUAAAGGCUGAGAUCCAUCUUGGGGCAGGCUGGCUGAAGGCGGGCUGGGAAAGAUGCCUGGCUCUCUCCAGUGCUGCACUGCUGUGGGGAAACAAGUGCCUCUUGAGAUGACCAUGCUGUAGGAUCUGGACUCCCUUCCUCCAAACUCAGAUGUAAAUAUGUGAAUAAAUCAUAUUUCUUAAAGCUACAGCAACCUCUGCCGCCUCUUCAAUUCUACAGAGGAGCAGAGACCCUGGAAUCCCAUGAAUGGCUCUGCAGGGAUUGGGGUGGCCUGUAACAAUACUCUUCAGUCAUGCUCUCAUUCGAAACCCAGCCCCUCUCCAUCCAGUGUCCAAUGUUUUGCAUAUACAGUAAGCCCACAACUUCCACACAUUUAAUUUGUGAACUUUCAGCUGUAGGCACAUAGCAAAAGAAAUAAAUAAAUGAAAAGUGGGCAGGGUUCUGGGGAAAAUAACCUUGGCAAUCCCACCAGCCAUUGAACCCAAUGGGCUUUGACUAGACGUGGCUUUGACUUUUAGCCCAAUCCAAGGAACAUAACCUCUGCACAAAUUGCGGGCCUGCUGUACACUUAAAACUCUAAUAUUUGAAUAGAGCAAGAGCAAAUUGAUGCAAAAGGUAUGAAGGGUGUGUGUGUGUCAUAAAAGCCUUAAAAUAAGUUAUCUGCCGUGGCUCGGGAUACUUGCGUCAGCAACCAGAACUCAUACAUGCCUACAAAAUGACUUGUAUGUGCCUUACUUCAGGUAAGGCUCACGUUGAAGUUUCAGGCUUCCUUUUGCUCUGUGUCAAGGAUGGUGCCAGGUAUGUAAUAGUUAGGGAUUGUGUUUCCACAUCAUAGUAAACUAUGGUUCGUGGUUUACGGCGAACGUGUAGACUACUCCCACUUCGUUUUUCCCUGGUAGUGAGUAGGAGCAACCAUGAUCCUUGGCUUAGCGUUCCAUCUGAGCUGCAGGUUGUGGUUUUCUUCACUUCAAGGAAACCAUGGUUGAUAAGCAUGGAACAAACCUUGGCUUCUGAUUGUGGUUUGUUUGCAGAGAAACAAACCAUGAUCCCCAGUUUGGAUGCAGCACUGAGCCAAGCAUUGUGGUUUGUAGCUCCCACUUGCUUUAGUGGAGGGGAGUGAAGUGGGAGCAGUCUGCGUGUUCAUGGUUUAACCAUGGCUUCCCGUGAUGUGCGAACACAACCACGAUGUCAUCUCAUUCAUAACAUGAACCCUGAUUGGCUAGAAUCACAUUGUGAAGGAUAAGUUAAGUUUUUAACCAAGGAAAACAGAGCUGGCAAUGGCAACGGCCACAAACAGGCACAAAAAAAUAAUGAAUGUUCUUAAUGGGAGGAGUGGUUAUUUGCAGUGAGGCUUAAUUUUUUCCAGGCCUUCUGAAAGCAGUUCUUUGAACCACAAAACUGAAAUGGGCAACCCAGUCGGCACAACCUUUAGAAAAUUGGCCAUUGUGAUAUGUGAUAAUGAAUCACGCAUUUAAAUAAGCGAGUGAUAGUUGCAGCUAUCAGCAUGACAACAUAACAAGCUUUCAGAGAAAAGCAAAACAGAGCCCGGGUUUUCUCUUCCUCAUCUCUCCUUCCUCAGUAGAUGGUCUACUUAACAAUUCUGCUCUAUAAUUACAAUAUUUACUUUGCUGAGAUAAAGUAAAACAGUAUUUAGUGGAAUCAGAAGCAGCUGCAUUAUUGGUAGUCUUGAGGGGAAAGGAUAGAGAUUACAGUUGGAAACUUUAAAACAAGAAAGAUUUAUGUAUAUUUAUGUUUUUUUAAGGGCUUUGUCCCCCAAGGAUGUGUAUACAUAAGGUUAUUUUUAGACCAUCAAUUUGAUUGAGAAAAUUAUAGUGUUGGGACUUGAGCCGAGAACAGUGGUCCCAUCUGUUAAGCUCAUAUCUGGGUGAUGCCUGCUUUGUGGCCUUUAAUGUGCUGGGCUCAGCAAGUGAGUGAUUCCCCUCCUCCCCUCACUGUAAAGUAAAUACUGUGGGCACUCGUGCUUUGGUUUUCAUCAUGGUGGUACAGUCAACAGCAGCUCUUUCUUCUGCUUCCAAUGCACACAAGAAGUCAUGGUUCCCCCGCCACACAAGAAAAAGGCUUGAAUUAGCUGCCUCUGCGGUAGAGGAAGAGUAGGGAGACACGGUUUUGCUGAUGACGUGGAGGAUGUGCUGGCUGGUAUACAUGCCAUCAGGAACCCUUUGAAUGAAAUUCUUGGCUGUGGUUAAAAUGCUUCUUCGGGGGCAGGGGGAGGGAAUGAUGUGCCCUUCUUAGGUUUUUGUACUGGGAGUUAUUAAAAUGCCAUUCUAAAAGGGAGUGAAUUUGAUACACUUACGUCCCCCCACCCCAAUUUCAGGUUUUGCCUGUUCUAAUUUAAGAUUCAGGAUGAAAAGCAAUUUUGAUUAUUUUAAUUCUGUGCUUUGUGCUUUGUAUACUGUAACUUUGUAUACUGUGAACUGCCCUGAGACCUACGGGUAUAGGGCGGUAUACAACUUUAAUAAAGAAGAAGAAGAAGAAGAAGAAGAGGCAGCAGCAGCAGCAGCAGCAGCUGGUUGAUUUGGCCUGCAAAGUUUAAUUUAGUUGAUCACAAGCUGCAGACCAGCCAGCAAAAAAGGGCAAAAGCAAUUUUAGACUGCAUUAACAGGCACAUUGUGUCCAAAUUAUGAGAAGUAAUAGUUCUACUCUAUACUGCAUUUGGUCAGACUGCAUCUGACGCAGGUGGUGCUAUGGUUUAAACCACUGAGCCUCUUGGGCUUGCCAAUUGGAAGGUCAGCAGUUCAAAUCCCCGCGAUGGAGGUCGUUGCUCUGCCCCUAGCAGUUUGAAAGCACGCCGAUGCAAGCAGAUAAAUAGGUACCACUGCGGCAGGAAGGUAAACGCCGUUUCCAUGCGCUCUGGUUUCCAUCACGGUGUCCUGUUGCACCAGAAGUGGUUUAGUCAUGCGGGCCACAUGACCCAGAAAGCUGUCUGUGGACAAACACCGGCUCCCUCGGCCUGAAAGCGAGAUGAGCGCUGGAACCCUAUAGUUGCCUUUGACUGGACUUAGCCAUCCAGGGGUCCUUACCCUUUUUAUUUGAUCAGACUGCAUCUGGAGUAUUGUAUCCAAUUAUGGACACCACGUUUUAAGGAGGACAUCACCAAACUGGAGUGCACCCAUUGGGGGUCAACCAGGAUAAUCAGAGUUCAUCAGAAACAUAGUCCCAUGAGAGACUGUUGAAAAAGCACCAUGGGUGGUAUUCAUCUAAGUGUUACUCAGAGGAGACCCAUUGAAAUUAAUGGACAUGAUUAUUUCAGAAGGUCUGUUCUGACUAAAACUUAGUUUUACCACCCAGUGUGUUUAGCCUAGGGAAGAUAAGAGUAAGUGGGGGAUGUAAUAGUGGUCUUCAAACAGCUGAAGAGCUAACAUGCAGAAGAUGGAGUGGCCUUAUUUUCUGUGGUUCCAUAAAGCAGGUCUAGAACCAAUAGGGAAAUUGCAGGGAAUCAGCUUUUGCCUAAGCAUUAGCAGAAACUUCCUGAUGGUAGGAGCUGUUAGACCGUGGGAAAGGCUGCCUUGGGCGGUGGUUUGCUCGAGAUAUGUACAUGGAGACUAGAUGGGCAUAUGUCAAGGAUGCUGUAGUUUCAUCCCGCUCUGCAGGUCUUGGAUGAUCUCAAAGGUUGCUUCCAACUCUGCCAUUCCAUGAAAAUGCCUUUAUCCCAUUGAAGAGCAUCUAGAAUGGCUCAAAUAACCAAGAGCCUAGCCAAACAAUAAAAAAGGCUGAAUAGAAACCAAACUUUUUUCUUCAUUCCAUAUUCUAAACUUUUGUGUGUGUCUUCUUCUAUGUGUGUGUUUUUUAGGUGGCAAUUUUUGUGCUGGUUAUGAUUUGAAGGAGUUGGCGCAUGCCCCAGCCUCUAUCAAAUUGGAACAAGAUGUCACCCAAACGCCUGGCCCCAUGGUAUGUUCCAGAGGGAAAUCCUGACAAUUUUCUGAAAAACUGAUGCCCUUUUCCAUGGUAGUGUUUUGUUUCGCUAUGGAAACCACAGCGCUUUUCAGUUAAAAGUUACAGACAUUUUAAAAAAGCGGGAGAGAAAAGAGGAAUCUUCCCUUCUCAGAAAGUAACUCAAACCAAAUGGGAUUGUUUUCCCAAAAGAAAAGUUGUAAGUUGUCUGCUCCCAGCAAACGUGGGAAUCAAGCACACUGUCCUGUGUUUUAUAUAAUGUGAACUAGGUGUGUGAGUGUGCAGUUGUGGUGCCUAUGGAAGCAGAGGUAAAUUAUGCAGUGUGGAUGGGAAAGCCGUGAUCCAUCCUACAUCAACAUUAAUUUGCGGUGCUGCUUCUUGCUUGCUCAUGAGUCACACAACACAUUGUGUUUCCUUCAUUAUCACUGGGCUCGAUAGACAAGACUGAGUAACUCAUGACCCUCCACAUGUGGUUUGACUACAACUCCCCUGACCAUUGGCCACACAGCCUGGGGCUGAUGGGAACAUCUGGCUUAGCCACUUUGAACUGAUUCAUCAGGAUUAUAUUCUUAAAUGACUUCAGAGAAGAUGAAAAAGAUGUGGGAAGAGGUGCCAUGAAGUAUGGGUUUCUGUUAGUUUUGAAAUAUGUUCAAAAGCCCUGUCAUGAUAAGGGUUGCUUACCCAAAUUCUAGUAGUGAUGUAUGAAAGUGAGAGCUGGACCAUAAAGAAGGCUGAUCGCCGAAGAAUUGAUGCUUUUGAAUUAUGGUGCUGGAGGAGACUCUUGAGAGUCCCAUGGACUGCAAGAAGAUCAAACCUCUCCAUUCUUAAGGAAAUCAGCCCUGAGUGCUCACUGGAAGGACAGAUCCUGAAGCUGAGACUCCAAUACUUUGGCCACCUCAUGACAAAAGAAGACUCCCUGGAAAAGACCCUGAUGUUGGGAAAGAUUGAGGGCACAAGGAGAAGGGGACGACAGAGGACGAGAUGGUUGGAUAGUGUGCUCGAAGCUACCAGCAUGAGUUUGACCAAACUGCAGGAGGCAGUGGAAGACAGGAGUGCCUGGCGUGCUCUGGUUCAUGGGGUCACGAAGAGUCGGACACGACUAAACGACUAAACAACAACACCAACACCCAAAUUCUGGGUGGGCAGUGGUUGCGGCCUGGCACGGCUCCCCCUCGUGGCUGGCUAUUGGGAUCCUCCAAUUGAAUCUGACAAUAAUUGAAUCUGACAAGGCCAAUGAUGGCCUUUGUGGGGGGUGGGCCCUAACCCAGGCACAACCCUGUUCGAUUAUUGGCCUUCAGCCAGAAGGCUAAUACAGGUUACAUGCACAAUGCCUGAGCCAAAGCCUACCUACACCUGUAAUCCGAAUGGACAGUAUAGGAUGCUGACUUCCAGAGAUGCCUCAGAAGUCCAUUUGGGUGUUUAUUUAGCUGAAUGUGUGAAGGGGCUGUGGGGGUCAUUGUGUGUGUCUCUUUGUUCCUCUGAAGCUGGAUUUUAACUGAACGUGACCAAAUGUUCUCCUCCCAGUGGUUGGGAACACCAUGUGAAUAUGGUUUCCAGUUACAGGAAGGACUGUAACCACUUCCACCCGAAUGGUUACAAGCCCCGUCAGACCUUUCCCCUCAACAUGGGAAGAAGGGCAGCAUACACAACUCCUCCAUGGACACAAUCAACAAAUGCCUGAAUAUAUUUUUUGGUUUCUGGAGACUUGGACAUAAAGGGCUGCCCUCAGUAAUCCUAGCUGUCAGUAUCCUAGAUCCUCAGUAAGCCUCUUGCUUAAGGGACGGGCGAAACUCAAUCAACUUCUUUUUCCUUGGUAACGCCCUGUAAUUUCCAGCUAACCUGGGCACACUUCGCACGUUAGUUUUGACUAUAUGCUCUGCAUCACCGUGAAUGUUAUUAAUGCAUUGUCUCUGGAUCAAUACUGAUUGGAAUAUAUUCUAGUCCUAUUGAAUAAUAGUUCUAACACAAUUCCAAUACCUGUUACAGGGUCCUUCGCGGAUGAAGUUUUCUAAGCCAGUGAUUGCUGCGGUAAGUGGAUAUGCAGUGGCUGGUGGGCUUGAGCUGUCCCUCUUGGCUGACUUGCGUGUGGUAGAAGAAAGCGCUAUCUUCGGAGUGUUCUGUAGGCGUUUCGGUAUGUUUCGUGAAUUGCAUGGAGUUUGGUUUUAAAUGGGUAUAAAAAGGUGCGUGUGCCCUGUAUCUUUAUAGUCAGUACAGCACAUGGCCUCUGAUUAGUUGAUUAAACUGCCAAUUAAGGCUUACAGCGCUGACCUAAAACAGGAUAAAAUAUCAAAAGAGAUUAUUUUUUUUACAUGAACAGUCUACUAUACCUGCUCAAAAGACUUGUGAGCAGAUCUGCAUAGCUGACUUACUGAGUAUAUGUAAUAAAUACACAGUAGGGCCAGUUUGGCUCAGUGGAGAGAUCAAAGCCAUUUCGUCUUCAAAUUGAAUAUAUUUUUGCAGCGCACGUCGUGUUCAUUAAUUUCAAUGUGUUUACUCUGAGCAGAACUUUGCUGAGUGCCCCCCAAUGGAUUCAUGGAGAUUUAGGGAGGAAUGCAGUGUUGCCCUGAUGGUUCCGUCAGGGAAAGCAUUUUGCCUUGCCAGAUGGAACGAUGUCUCCUCUCCACCACCAACCCACACGCUGUUCCAGGGUAUAUCGUAGCCCCUCCAGAGCCAAUUUCAGAGAAGGUGGGGAGUGGGGUUAGAGGAAAGUCCCAUUGCACAAGUGGAAGCCCUUGCCCAGGGCUUCCACUGAUGGGUCUCAUUAGUUGGAAGUGGAAGCCCUUGCUUCCACUUAUUAGGGUCUUAUUAGUUCAUAGAACUGUAGAGUUGGAAGGGACCACAAGGAUCAUCUAGUCUAGUCCAAUUCCCUGCAAUGUAAGGAUCUUUUGCCCAACGUGAGGCUGAACCCCACAACCCUGACUUUAAAAGUCUCAUGCUGUACUGACUGAGCAACCGCCAGGACAGUUGAAUCCUGCCCUUACUCUCUGGCCACUGUUCUCUGGCAUUUCAGACAGAUUGCUGACUUCAGUUGUUUCCUUGCUCACUACACUCAUUUUGCACUAGCUAAAGUCAGCCAAGGGUACAAAACAUCCGAAAAGGGAACCAGCGCAGACCAGGAAAAGAUGGAAAUUCAACAGGUGCGGGAGACAGGUUCAUUCACGCCGACGUUAUUAAGCACAACAUGUUUCAAGCAAAUCAGUUUUAAAAGAAUCAGAAAUUGCUUUCAUCUCUUGUAACUUUCUUAGCUACUCAAAAGGAGCUACUAACUCCUAUUGUGGUAAUGUAUCUUUUUGUCGCCUGGUAAAGAGGCAUUUGCUCAAAUUGCACUGGGAUCAAUACAACUGAUAUCAGUACAUUUGACUCCUGCGCUUGUUGGAUUUUCAGAGUGUUGGAAGUAGCCGUGUUGUUUGCACAUCACAGUAAGCCGGAAGCCGCGCAAGGGCUGAUUGUGCCCUGCUCUUGCUGCGGAGAAACAAUCCUUGGCAUCGCAUGAUGUCUGCUCAAACAGAUGAUGAUUGAUAAGCCAAGUGCAAACCUUGGCUUAGGGUGGUUUGCUAGGAGUGAAUCAAACCACGGUGCUUGGCUUGCACAUGACCCUAAGCUCAAAUAUCACAAUUUGCUUCUCCCCAGGGAGAAAUGAAGUGGAUGUUGUUGGCUUGUGCACAGUAAACCAUGGUUUAUGGCUUACUGUGACUGUGAACAUAGCCAGAGUCUCUGUAGGACACAUCUCAUUGCUUACCUUUUGGCCAUGUGUUUCAUGAUAAGAAGGCUGUUGGAUGGUAAAUGAGGUUUAUACAUGCCUUUAUCCCAGAUUACGGGAGUAUAAUGUGUUAAAGGUAAAGGUAAAGGGACCCCUGACCAUUAGGUCCAGUCAUGGCCAACUCUGGGGUUGCGGCGCUCAUCUCGCUUUAUUGGCUGAGGGAGCCAGCGUACAGAUUCCGGGUCAUGUGGCCAGCAUGACUAAGCCGCUUCUGGCGAACCAGAGCACCGCACGGAAACGCCAUUUACCUUCGCGCCGGAGUGGUACCUAUUUAUCUACUUGCACUUUGACGUGCUUUCAAACUGCUAGGUUGGCAGGAGCAGGGACCGAGCAACGGGAGCUCACCCCGUUCAAACUGCCGACCUUCUGAUCAGCAAGUCCUAGGCUCAGUGGUUUAACCCACAGCGCCACCCACGUCCCACGUAUAAUGUGUUAGGGCUGCCAUAUUUUGAAGAGCAAAAAAAGAGGACACAUUUGCCGACUUUUACAUUUGAUGACUCUCAUUUUGCAUACCCAUGGAAAAAAUGAACAUGUCCUUGAAAAAGAGGACACAUGGCAACCCUAGUUUCAGAGACAUUAACAUUCCAGUUUGCUUAAAACAAGGUUAUUUGAGUGAGGUUCCCCCCCUUUAACUAUUGUUGGCUGGGGUUUUUUUUAGGUGUUCCGCUGAUAGAUGGUGGCACUGUUAGACUACCAAAGCUAAUUGGCCUUUCACGUGCGCUGGAUCUCAUUCUCACUGGGCGGCCUGUUGGUGCGCAGGAAGCAUUUCAGCUUGGACUGGCUAAUCGAAUAGUUCCCAGUGGCCAAGGUAGGUGUCUUACGCAGCAUGUCAUUAUUAACUGGGUUCAAAACCAGUCAAAGUCUCACAACAUAACCUACCUCACAGAGUUUGUUGUGAGGAUAAACUAGGGAGUGGGAGAAUCACGUGUACCUUCUUGGAGAAAAAGUGUGGUAUAAAUCAAGUAAAUAAAUAAGAUUGGACAAAUCCAAUGUAUUAUUGGGCUGCUAGAGCCCUGCGCGUUUCAGUUUCAUUCAACCUGAAUGGAAUUAAAUGCACCGAGUGGGAUGCAAGACUACAGCCUUUGUUGUGCUGAGUCAUGUUUUUAGAUUGGGAGAUGACUUUUGGUCAGGAUUAGACCAAUAGGCUGGUGCAGCACAAAGGUCUAAUCCAGGCACCCCUAAACGUGGCUCUCCAGCUGUUUUGGGACUACAAUUCUCUUUUAUUUUUUUAUUUUUUUUAUAAGAUAUUUAUUAAGAUUUUUUAAAAUAUUACAAUAAAAAUGAAAAAAAUAACAAAAAUACAAAAUAAAAAUGGUUAAAAACACACAGAUUUUCCAUUACUUAUUUUCCUUUAGCUUGUUUCCCGGACCUCCUCAUACCUCCCUUUUUUGUAUUCCACUUCAGUCUGUUGGUUCAGCAAAUCCUUACCCUCUUUAAUUAUCCUAAUCCUUGAUCUUAAAAAUAAUAGCAUUAGAUUUUUACCUAUUUAUAACCCUUUUUUCAUAUUCCCGUAGAGCAUCACAGCUGGAAACCACUUAAUUUCUAUCCAACAUCAUUCUAACAUUCAUUAAUUUUACAAUAUUUCUGUAGAUAAUCUUUGAAUUUCUUCCACUCUUCUUCCACCGACUCUUCUCCCUGGUCUCGGAUUCUGCCAGUCAUUUCUGCCAGUUCCAUAUAGUCCAUCAGCUUCAUCUGCCAUUCUUCCAAAGGGGACUACAAUUCUCAUCAUCCCUGACCACUGGUCCUGUUAGCUAGGGAUGAUGGGAGUUGUAGUUCCAAAACAGCCGGAGGGCUGAGUUUGGGGAUACUUGGUCUAAUCUGUUGCAGGGCCCUGUUGGCAUCUGCUGUAGUGAAGCCUUCAGUGAGCUGGUGCGCACCACGAGUUUUGGACUACAGUUCCCCUCAGCCCCAGCCAGCAUGGCCGAUGGAAGUUGUAGUCCGAAGUGUUCAGAGGGUGCCGGGUUUGCAAAGGCUGCUUUAGAUAAGUUCUUACUGGCCAUAGACUAGCAGGCAAAAAGCAAUUUGGAAGCCUAGCUUUCCAGCAUUUUUUCCCCUUUUCCCCAUGGGAUGGGUGGGAGAGGCUAGGCAGGAUGCCUCCCCCCCUUCUCAGAGCCGCGUAGAACACAUAUGUCGCAUGUGAACGUAUAGCAUCCUUUCUGUAGCCAGCAACUGGCAGCUCUUUGCGAACUUUCAUUCCAUUCAGAAGGCAGAACCCUGAUUUCUGUUUAAUUUAGAGCGCGGGUUUGACAACAUGGAAAUACAUUUCUUCCAAUAACAAGGGUGUGUCCCGUCACGAAAACACAUUCCUGCUGCUAACCUUUGACCACUGAGGGGGAACUACCUCCGUUAAGGUAAAUGCACACAGCAGUUCUCUUGACUAGACUCCGGAGGUUUCCUGCAGAAGGAAAAAGGAAGACCCUUCUGAAUCAGGCUUUACCUCAUUCCGAAUUGGCAUGGAAGCUGGCUUAAAAAAAUGACCAGCAACAGCUGCUUUGAUUCAGCUUAAGCUGGUGGGGCUGCUGUUCUCCUCCCCACCCCACCACCGACUUGUUAACAAAACGAUGACAGCAUGUACGUAUCUGAAUGCAAAACAGGCUUUGGAAAUUGCUGGUGGGGUGAGGCAUCCGUAUUGUAGCAGAGUUUUAGAAAGGAAAUAAGCCAGGAGUCAACUAGCCAUAACAAAAAAGGUACAGAUUCAGAUGUUUCCCUCUCUCUCUUUUUAAGGCUUUCUGUGCAUGCGGGUGUGUUAAAAUUUAGAUUAUUUUGAUCGUGGAAGUGUAAUGGUGGGGUGGGGUGAGGGAGAUCAUUAAUAACACAGUAGGUUAUUCAAUCCCUCCUGAAGCUGCCGCCAUUCUUCAGGUCCAAGAAGUGACUAACGUCUCCACAGACUUUCUGCCCAUGUGCUCUGUGCGUCCUGAUAUCCGGAUUCCUUUUAAAAAAUAUGGCUGUUUUGGUUGGCAUCUGGAGACGUAUCUUUUGAGACAAACAUGAAUGAAACCCUGUUUUGUUUACCGCCAGCCAGGGAUGUCCAAGUGGGAGCCCCCUGUGGACCAGAUCCACCCCCCAAAAAAAUUUACCUGUCUCCCUCUAGCAGCCCUUCCAAACCUAAUUGGAGAUGUCUUUUCAUACUGUUUCACUUGUGAGAAACAUAGCAAAUGUUUUCAAGUACAAGAAACUGAGUGUGAGGUUUACCUGGGGCUGGGAUGGGAGCAAGUCCUGCUGAACUCAGCGGGAAUUCAUUUUGAUCAGACAAGCAUAGACAUGCACUAAAUGUGGCAUCUCUGGAUUUUAUAAAUAUAUGUAUGUUUGAAAUAUACUCGGAGUCGAGUGUGAAUUUCAUGCUCUCUAUUCAGCUCAUAGUAGUAAUGAAUGAAGCUUUCCCCAAAAUGUCUAGCUAUAUAUACAUUAUUUACACAAUGGGCCCCACGUGAUUGGUUAAUUGCGGGCUGCUCCUGUAAGCCAAUCAGGUUGUGGAUUCACUUCCUCCAGAAGCCUGAUUGGCUGCUCCUGCAGGCCAAUCAGGUUGCUGAUUCACUUCAUCCAGGAGCCUGAUUGGCUGCUCCUGCAGGCCAAUCAGGUCGCUGAUUCACUUCCACCUGGAGCUGGAUUGGGUGGCUCCUGCGGACCAAUCAGACUGCUGCAUUAUGGAUCCUAUUGUUCUAGGGUUCAGCUCAGUACAUAACAAUGUUAAAUAAAAUAAAUAAUAAUAAUAAUAAUAAUAAUAAUAAUGUAAUAGUAAGUAAAACACACACCGUAUAUAACUGGAAAUUGCUUUACUGCUUAGGAGCAACAGUUGCAGGGGCGUUGGGCAUCCGUCUGUCUCGAGAGACAAUGGGAUGUGUCUCUGGGGGUGAAGUCAAACUGCUGCAUUAGCAGCAACGAAGUGACCUCUCUGGGAUGCAAGCCUGGGCAGUGUGUAUGGCGAUCCUGGGCUUCCCAGAUGACAAGACACCCACACCCACACCCCCGGCUGUGCUCAUGUGGUCCAAAGCAGAACAGAGCAAUACGUUUGGCACCAACUUGGCUGAAGGAAUUGCCAGACGGAGCCGUACAAGGCACCAUCCAAUUGUCUUAGGGAGUCUGCUUUGGAUUUGUGUUGGGCUUACUCCUUAGCCUUUUCUUCUCCUAAAGGUGUCCCACAAGGCAAGGCAGCAGAGGUUUAGGAUCAGAGUUUCCCUUCUCCUAGAUGGGCUACUUUCCCAGCUUGACGAGCCCCGUCUGCCCCUCACUUCCCUCUAUGGCACACGCAGAAACUGCCUUCUUGACCAUUGGUCCCACUAUUGGUCUUGUCUGCUCAAAUCACCAGAGCCUGUCUUUGCAUGCAGGGAAACUCCCUAACUCACCAAGCAUUUGAGACCCAUCAGCUACCCUCACCUGGUUUAGCCGGCUUCACAAACAAUUGUUGGCAUACAGAAUGGCUGCCAAGAAAAUAGAAGUCUGCCAGCUCCUUUCUAAAGCCAUAGGAUACGGAAUCUGUUGAACUUCAACUUCUGUAAGCCCCAGCCGGCAUGGAAGAUGGUCAGGGAUGAUGGAAGUUGCUGUUGAACAACUGGAAGGCCAUAGGACUUUGUACUUUGCCAUGGUGGGCCUUCCAAAGUCUGCUUCCUGGAAUCACCAGGAAGCAAAAUUAGGGCUUUGUUCAGGCUUAAAUUUAUUAAAUGUCAUAUCCUGUGAUUACUCCUAUUCUCUGUCUUUAUAAUUGUGGUAUGCGUGUACUGAAAAUCAAAACACUUUUUUUUUUUUUAUAAACUCAAAGCCACAUGUAAAAAGCCACAUGUUCUUAGUGACAGAAUUUGUAUGUACAGUUCUUGAUUACAACAUAGACCAAGAACAGACUCGCACUUCUGUGCUUCUUAUUUAUUUAUUAUUUUAAAUGAAAUAAAAAAUAGCAUAGGUGACAGGUUGCACCUAAGCAUGUACCCUGAAUGCCCCUAUUUCCUAAGGUGAAUUCUUGUUUCUCGUUGCUUUGUCCAUGGCAAAGCCCAUAUUUUUGUAUUUGGGGAGGCUUUUGAGAAUUUGCUCUAAAUAAUAUUUGCACAUUGACCUAAGUUGCUAUUCCAGCUCCCAAAAGUUAAAUACCCCCGAGGUUUGGGGGUGGGUGAACAGAUGCUCUGUGCCUGGACACAGAGUCACUAAGCAGGGAUACAACUUGACAUUGUACACACUGUAGCUGGUUGUGCUUUUGAACUUGCUAAGUGUAACCAUAUUUUGGGAGAAUUUUUAAUAAAAUGCUUUUUUUUUUGCUUUUUAAAAGUCAUCUGAGUCCCAGGCUGUGGUUGUUAACUUAAUUCUUUUUUGGUUGUCUAAAGGCAGUGUGGUACUUCCUCUCUAGCCCUUUGUAGACAUUGCCAAAAUAAGUGUAGAAAAGCGAACCACAAGGGCCUGGGCAGUCCGGGGACCAGUGUCUAAGUUCUGCUACCCCCCACUUGUGUUCUCAUCCCUCUCCAACUUGCAGAAGGCUGUCUUCUGAAAUGGGGAGGCACCAGUAUUUGUGGAGGCUUCCUGUGUGUUCUAGAAUCCUGGAAAAUCCAGGUUCUAGAACCCCAGGGGUGUUCCAGAAGUACAGGAGGUCCCCCCCACACUUCAAAAGGUCACCCUCCUCAUGAUAAUGGUGAAGUUUGUGGGGGGGGGCAGAGCUGGUACUCUUGUCCUCACUGUGUCUGAAUAGGGUUUUAGUCUGUCCCACAAUUCCUUACUCAUCAAGAUAGAUACUAAAUGUUACAGAAUGUAUUUCAGCUAUUCCAUAAUAAGUAUAACUUUAUCAAUUAGAUGAUCCUUAAGUUUUGUUUUUUGUUUUUGUUUUUUUUAAAGAAUCCUUAAAUUUGGGGUUGUUUUCCAGUUUGUUAUAAAGGAAAGUGUUGUGGCCAUUUUAUUAGCGCACUGAAUCAGAAAUUAGAGCACAGCAGGCUCAAUUACAGAACUUAAACAAAGCUCUGUACAAUCGUUGGAGAAGAAGAGCCUUCCGUAAUGCGUAAUAAUAGUUCCAGUAAACAAAUUCUUUUAUUUUGUAUUGCUUGUCCAUGGCAAAUCACUGUCUCUAUUUUGGUGACGGCAUGUGGUGAGACAAAAAGGGUAAAUAUAUGAGAGCCCCUGUUUUUGUUUGGGGGCAUGUCUGUUGUUUUAGCUGCAUUUUAUUGUUUUGUUGGUGAAGCAGCAGCAGCAGGUUCCCGUGAGAUCUCACGAGAUCUCAUCAAAAUCUUGCAUAGUAUCUUGUUGGGAUGUGGCACUGCUGCUUUGCAGGUGCUGCUGUGCAGACCAGGUAAAGAGGUGGCAGUAGCAGAAUGGCACCUUCAUGUUUCGUUGAUGCACUGCCCCUGGCUGUAGGGCCGUCUUCUCUGCCUGUCCUUCUUUCCCUUCCCUUUCAUGUCCUUUGCCCUUUGCCCACUAUCUUGUUUUAGGAGGUAAAGAUUCCAUACCUUUUAUACAGUACAGUGGUACCUUAGGUUACAUACGCUUCAGGUUACAUACGCUUCAGGUUACAGACUCAGCUAACCCAGAAAUAGUGCUUCAGGUUAAGAACUUUGCUUCAGGAUGAGAACAGAAAUCGUGCUCCGGCGGCGCGACGGCAGCAGGAGGCCCCAUUAGCUAAAGUGGUGCUUCAGGUUAAGAAUAGUUUCAGGUUAAGAACGGACCUCCAGAACGAAUUAUGUACUUAACCUGAGGUACCACUGUAUAUAAUUCCUACAUUGUGCCUAGCACUUGUUUAAGCACAUACUAUUUCUUUUUAGAAGAGGCCAGGGAUGUUCUAACAACUGAACCUUAUUAGGAAUUACUUAAUUAGAAGGUAACAGUGGAGAAAUUUCCCGUUUUUAAGAUGGUUUCCCAUCACUCCUUAUCCUCUCAUGCAGCUGCCAGUGGACAAGUGGACACAUUCAGUUCACAUCAGGUAAUGGCCAGGCCUACGAGACCUAGUUUGUGCACUGCACAUGAGAACGCAACAUUCGCCUCAAAACACACUCCCAUAAUCCUUUGUGACGCACGGGGUCCCAUGGCAGAUGUCUAGAGAUUCAAUGAUAGACGUUGACACCGAAAAUAUUUCUCAGGCACUUGAUUGCACAGAAGGAGGAGAUGAGGGGUGAGUUCUAACUCUAACUUUAACAGUAAAAGGGUAAGGAGUACAGAACCCUCUCCCCAAGCGCUUCUCAGCCAAGUACAGAAAAAGAUAAUAACUUCAAUUGGGUGGAAAGCACUAGAGGAGAUGGCUCUGGAGAAGUAAAAAAUUGUUAUCAGCUCCCCAACCCAUGCCCUGCCUUCUUGGUUAAAAUCAGACCACCACCUCACGCCCGUCUUUCUGCAUGUUUGAGCCAGUUCUAUAUUUAAAUACACAGUACUACUGCUAUCUAGCUUGACACUUAGCUUUUGGCGCAUAUGUGUACAUUUCUAUAUUGGGAUGUAUUGGAAGUACAAAUAAAGUUACACUGGGUUAAGCGUGGACAUGGAUAUUCAAACAAAGUUGUGAUUAUGUGCAGAAUUGUAAGUAUGAGGUUUUUGUGUGUGUGUUUUUAAAUCGCUUUCAAAUGUUUAUAUAAACAAACAAUAUUGGUUUCUUAGUGAUGUUGUUAUUGAAUUAAUCAGUGUUUAUUCACCACAGCCAUUGCUCUCUCUCUCUCUCUCAAAGAUUUUGAUCUGGGAGAUCCGUGCGAUAUUUUUGGAAAAAUAUUUCUGGGCAAAGAAAAGGAGUGGUUGCUAGUUGUGUGAAUUAGCAAGGUGUUGCUGUUUCUCAUUAAAUGCCCACAGCUUGAUGUCUUCCAUUAAAAUAUGCAUUCACUUGAAAAAGAAAGAAAGAAAAUAGGGCAAAGACAUCAAUUUUUAUUUUUAGAUGGCUCUUCCCAUGCUCUUCCAUAGAUGCAGAGUUCUUGGCCCUGCCAGUAUUGCCCAGAGAUGGUAUCUUCUUCCUAGGCUCUCCUUCUUCUCAGCUAUCACAGGAUCAGUUGAUCUGUAUUUCACAGCCUUGUUUAUUGUGACCACAGGCUUUCCAGCAGAUUAUCAGAGAGACAUUGAUCCUCUUAACACCACUAUGCAUUGCUGUUGGUCUUCUUCUCUGGACUGAGGUCACAGUAUGGAGCAGAGGGGUGGGACCUGUUUCUUGCAGUUUGGAAUCUUCAGCUUUGAAAUGUGUUUACUUGUCUUCAGCCCGUUUUGUUUUGCAAUGUGUUCAGCAAAUGUUCUUGCAGAAAGAUAUGCAGGCAGCUGUGAAACAGAAAGUCUUGUGCUGAAGUUCCUGGCAUCUGUUGUGUCUUCCUCGGUAGCAGAAUACUUUCUUCUAAGCCAAGCAUUCAUCCCUCCCUUUUACUCUUUGCAAUUGAUUCCUAUUACAUUGAGGGUGUUUAGAGACUGGCAUUAUCUUGAGGAAAUGAAAGGUUCCAGGUUAUGGAAAUGUAAAGGCAGUUUAUAUAUAAAAAUAUAGCGCUAGUACUUAGAGGCUUGACUUGAAGGCAUUACAUGAAAUGUAGAACAUGUGUGAAUUCAUUUUAAUGAGUUGUCUGGAAAGAAUGAAGAUGAUACAUACAUCAUAAAAGUCUAUCUAACUUACUGAAAAGCAUAACACGUAUAGAGCAGGAAAUUAGUGAUCUAAUGGGUGAGCUUUGACUCACUGUUUUGGAAUUACUGGAUUAAUACAUAGGAAUCACUGCACCAAUAAAGUGGUACAAAGCAGAGUGAGAAUGAAGAGUAGACAGGAAAUAAUGAAGCAAAGUCUCAAUGGGAUUAGAGAUGGCAAUAAAAUUUUCUAUGAUCAAGGACUUCCACUCCACCAGGACUUCCUGCUCAUGGAAGUUGCCGCUGUGAUUUUUGCAUGAAGAUUAUGCUUUUCCUCUCGUAAGUUAAGCAACAAAUCAGGGUCAGUUGAUCAUGAUAGUGUUCCCAUAACUUGUUGAAGUUCACCUACCUUCUGAAUUAAAAUGAGAACCUCUUUUUGCUCUUACCCCUCAAAGAGGUUUGCUUUUAGAGUCUGGGAGAAUUAUUCACUCUCUCAUGAGAAGCCGGCUUGCUGUAUUUCUGCAGAAGCAUAUAAGUAUAGAAGAUUCCCCCUUCCCUUUUCUUCCUGACCUUAUACUGUACUCAACACUAAUGUCUCAUAACAAAUGUAACUGAUCUGUAGAAAAGACUGUACAACUUGAAAAAAGAGACAAAGCGUGUACUUUUGUAAAGCAAGAAAAUAUUUUUAAUAAUAAUAAUAAUAAAUAUAGAAGAUUUGAAAGGAGGCAAACCCAGAGCUGGGACUUAGAUAUAGAACAGGCCACAUCCUGUAAGAAAAUGCAAUUCCUCCGCUUUGGAAAUGACCUUAAGGUCCAUAAAUAACCACACUUUGGAAGUCCUGGGCCCCAAGGAUGUUAGAUUGGCUUCAACCAGGGCCAGGGCCUUUUCAGCUCUGGCCUCGGCCUGGUAGAAUGCCCUACCGCAGGAGAUCAGGGCCCUGCAGGAUUUGACAUCUUUCCGCAGGGCCUGCAAGAUGGAGCUGUUCCACCUGGCCUUUGGGCCGGACUCAGUUCAAACCCCCUCUCGUUGUUGUUUUUUUGAUGGAACCCCUUAUAUGGGAUUUGUAUAUAAAUUUCCCCUCAGCUCUUUUUGCUGGCCCAUGUAGGACCAGCAUGGAUAGUUGGCCCUGGUGAAUAUUUGCCGUUUUCUCCCCUUAUGACUUUGAUCUAUUUGUUGUUUAGUCAUUUAGUCGUGUCCGACUCUGUUUAGUUUUAUUGGAUUGUUAUGGCUUUAUUUUAGGAUUGCAUGUUGAAUCGAGCACUCCUUGGAGCAGAAUUGCAAGUAAAUUUUUAUUAAGUUAAUAGUGCUGCCAGGAGACCCACAGCCCAGGCACUUGUGGACACCCACAUAAGAAAUCUGCAAUGGGUGAUGCACCCUUCCAGAAAGGCAGCUGCCAUUGCCAACCCCCCCCCAAAAAAACCCCUGUACCAUUCAGUUUUUCAAAAUUUUAUCUUGCAGAUUUCCCAAUUGUUUGGAGAGUGGCAGAAAAAGUAUAAUAUGGAUCAUAAGUGCCAACUCCCUUGGUUCCCAAGCACCCACAAAACUCCCCAUGAAGGGACCAGGCACCCACAAAUUUCAGUGUCUGGGCAAUGCACGCUGCAUGGCACCCAUGGCCCUGGGCAACUAUUGUCCCGGGGCCAAGCUGACACUCCUGAUAGCGAUCAUACUGCAAGGGAAGCAAUGAAAGCAAUGGAUUCACACAGGAGGAGGGGAAAGUGGAGCGUUGCACCAAAGGCAUUGCUCAGCAGCAGUUGUUGUUGUUGUUUAGUUGUUUAGUCAUGUCCGACUCUUCGUGACCCCAUGGACCAGAGCACGCCAGGCACUCCUAUCUUCCACUGCCUCCCGCAGUUUGGUCAAACUCAUGCUGGUAGCUUCGAGAACACUGCCCAACCAUCUUGUCCUCUGUCGUCCCCUUCUCCUUGUGCCCUCCAUUUUUCCCAACAUCAGGGUCUUUUCCAGGGAGUCUUCUCUUCUCAUGAGGUGGCCAAAGUAUUGGAGUCUCAGCUUCACGAUCUGUCCUUCCAGUGAGCACUCAGGGCUGAUUUCCUUAAGAAUGGAUAGGCUUGAUCUUCUUGCAGUCCAUGGGACUCUCAAGAGUCUCCUCCAGCACAAUAAUUCAAAAGCAUCAAUUCUUCGGCGAUCAGCCUUCUUUAUGGUCCAGCUCUCACUUCCAUACAUCACUACUGGGAAAACCAUAGCUUUAACUAUACGGACCUUUGUUGGCAAGAUGAUGUCUCUGCUUUUUGAUCUAUAGGCUAUCACUAAAAUGAGGCUGCAUUUUAAGCUGCAUUUUAAACUGUAUUCUAACUUAUAUUUUAAUCAACUGCUUUUGGGGGUGGGGCUGUUUGUUUUUAAUGUUUUUACUGUAUUUAUAUUCAGUGUUAGCCACCCUGAGCGCGGUCUUGGCCGGGGAGGGCGAGGUAUAAAUAAAAAAAUAUUAUUAUUGUGGCCCACUUUCCCUAAUUUUAAUAUAUGGUUGUGUUUCCCUUUUCUUUCUUCCAGCCCUCCAGCAUGCCAUUGAAUUAGCAGAACAAAUUUCAGCAUUUCCCCAGCUGUGCAUGCGCACAGACAGAAAUUCUGCUUACUAUAGUGCGUUUGAUGCCUCUUCCUUCACAGAAGCCAUGCAGUUUGAGUUCGACACUGGAGUAAAGGUGGUAUUAGAAGAAUCUGUUCCUGGUGCUAACAAGUUCAGCUUGGGGCACGGGCGUGGUGGGGCAAAGUUGUAGCAGUUGCCUAUAAUGGCUCUUCGCUUUGAACGCCCACUUUAUAAUAGAAAUAAAUCUAUGUUGCACUUGCAAAAUAAGAAAAGCCACAUGCAGUAUAUAUGCAUAUCCCACUGAAAUGCAGCCUUUAAAAAUGUUUUAUAGAAAAUCCACACUUGAACUAAUGCUAAUGUGGGCUAUAUUUUUCAAAAAUGUAAAUGUAGCUAAGAAUUGUCAGCUAUUUGUAUAUUUAAGGCCUAAAAUGGUCACAGAAUCUCUGCAAUUCUUACCCGGAAGUAAGUCCCAUUGAACUCAAUAGGAUUUAUUCUGAGCAGACAAAUAUAGGACUCCUCUAUUAGUGUUUUUACAUGUGCCCAUGACAGUAUGCGUUAAUUAUUGCUUCUGAGCGCGUGCACACACACACACACACACACACACACACACACAUAUAUAUAUAGUUCUCUCAUUUUCAUCAAAAAUGUUUCUUCCUAUAAAUACUUACAUUUGUUGUUGACAAAUUACUACUGAUCCCUAACAAAUAUUGGUCACUAACGUGUAUCUGAAACCCUAAGGAAAUAGGUUCCAAAAUAGUCAGUAAAUGAAGCUGCAAUCCUGUACUUAGUUGCCUGGUAGUUAAGUUCCAAUGUUACUUUUUCCUGAGAACAUCUGUAUUGCGCUGGAAGUCUCUUUAGUUUAAUAGUCCAAAGGUGGGCACUGCUGUUCUCGUAUGUAAGCACAUCGUCUUCAAAUACAGUAGCUUCUGCGUUUGCUCCUCUAGGGAGGUGCUUCCCCUUGGUAAAUUAAAGUGGUUGAAGAGCGUGCAAACACAGGGCCUUGAUAUGUGCACUUGGGUGCACCACAGUGCUGUACAUGCCAGCAAGUGUGCUUUUUAAAGAUUCAAGUAUCUGUUAUGUGGGCCAGGAAUGAGUUAUACAACUUUAAUUACCUAGGACUCAGCUAUACAGCUGCAAAGAUAACGUUUUAAGUGUGUUUUAAGUGCAUUAUAUAAAUGUGACACUAGAUGGCGCAGGUGGGCUAAGAAUUAGAUGAUAGAUAGAUUAGAUUAGAUUUAUGGUGUGUGUGUGUGUGUAUAAAGCAUUUUCACAGCAUUUUUAAAUAUAUGUGUAGAUUCAGCCCUAGACCCGUCCUACCCAACUUGAAAAUUGCCGAAGGUUUCGGCCACUUAAAAUAUUUUUCUGCCUCUUGUUGGACUUGCAAUAUUCAAUGCUAGAUGCUGUAUGUUUUUUCAUUGUUUUCCUUGAUUCUUUUAUUUCUUGCAAUGUAUUAUAUUGUCUUAUUCCAUGGGAAAAAUUCCAUUCUAUUGUAAUAAGUCCGUUGCAAUUAUUGAAUUACAUAGAGUUCAAUUGGUAAUGUAAUAAAAUACAACCUAAGAAAUAAGAGAAGCAAUAAAAAUACAAUUAAAAAUCAAAACGGCCAUAUAAUGUGGGCUUGCUGCGGGUCACCUGAAUGAAGUUUGCUGUCCACUGGUGGUCCAUGGACCACAGUUUGGGAACCUUUGUCCUGCUCAUUAAAGCUGCCAGAGGAAAUCUUCGUGAUAGGGAACAGAGUUUGGCUAUGCAUUCAAAAGGCCAGAUUGAAAUCCUGAGGCAAUAACGACACUAGGUGGUCUUGAAAAAGACAUUUUUGCAAUACAACCCUACAUCAUUGGGUUCUUAUGUAGAUGAAAUAACUUCAAUUAUACCACCCUGAGCUCUUUGGAGGGAAGACGAGAUUAUAAGGUGACAGAUAAAUUAUACAUUUAAGUGCAGUGUUUUAGGUUUUUUUUCUCCCUGAUAAAUGCUUUUAUAUCUUAAAUUCCUCUGGUGAUGAUUUCAUGAGUGUAUUUACAGCACAUCACUGACAAAGAGGUGACACACCUUCUCAGUACUAGCACAGACAGUACCUUGGCUUUAGGGCAAGAAUUUAAAGGAGCUAAUUCCAAAAGCAAACUUGCCAUUUUUCCUGUAUGGAAUCAUUUCUAGAAAGCUGACUCUGGUUCGCCACCAGGUGUCCUUCAUGAGUAGGAAAAUAUGAUAUUCUGUAUUCUGCAUUCAUAACAUUCUAAGAAAGGACAGUGAAAGGAAAGUUUGAGAGUGAGAGAGAGCAAAUAUUAGGAGGUGAAACAUUCUUUUAAUAGUAUUGGUGUUUUAAUUCUGUAGCCUGAGACCUCAUGGAACACCUUUACGUUUUGUUCAGCAAGGAAUAAUUUUCUGUACUCUUAAAAAAAAAAAAACUUUAAAAUUUCAAAUGGAAAAAUGUUCAUUUUACAUAUAUGUACGUAUAAAUUCACAUUUCCUCUCAUUAGUUCCUUGACAGUUGUAGAGCAUCCAGAGGUUGUUGGUUUUUUAAAAUUAAAGUAACAUGACCUGAAUCCAAAUGGAAACAUUGC